GAGAGGCUGAGGGGGAGGAGACGGAGAAUGGGAAAGUGUUGAAUGGAGAAAAAAAAUACACUUUUUGCCACUGUGAACUUAGUCCUGGGGUAACACUCUGCUACCUCUCUUUCACUUGGGGGUCCUCACCCCACCACUGGCUGGAGAAAGGAGCAGAAGUAGGGAAGGGUGCAUGCAGUUUAUGAGCGGUACAAGCCCGGCACAAGGUCUGCGGCAGCCUGGCUCCAAGGUUGAUUCUCUGCUCUGUGUGCCUCUUUUAAGCCGGUUUCCAGGGUUCUUUGGUACCUCCUCCCAUUGUAGAAGAUAGAGGUGUAUCAUUCACCAUGUCGAAGACUGAGGUAGAGAACGGGACUUGUGUGAACUGGCAGAAACGCUGCCUUGCCCUGGAGACCCAGCUCUUUCGGUUCCGUCUUCGGGCCAGCAAGAUUCGGAAGCUACUGGCUGACAAGAUGCAGGAGCUGGAGCAAAAGCUCUUGGAAGCUGAGCACAGAGCAGAAAAUGCAGAAACACAGGUGGGUGUGAUGGAGAAGAAGAUCAAACUGGCCAAUGUGAAGAGCAUUAAGCCUGAAGACAACCUUCUCCAAAAGUACCAGGUGCUGCUGGAGACCAUGCGAGGCAAAGAGGAGCUGAUCAGCCAGCUGCAGGCACAGGUGGAAAAGCAGAAGCAGCUAAGAGUUCAAGAUGCAAAGGCUGUUCAAGAGAAAGCUGCAAAGAUCAAGGAGUGGGUGACCAUGAAGUUAGGAGAGCUCGAGAUGGAGAAUCAGCACCUGAAAAACUACAAUCAGCGCCUAGUAGGGCAAGUGAGAGCACUUCAAGAGGCCCUGGGAGACCUGUCCAUGGUGCUACCCGGGGAGUUACUGUGGUCCUUCCAGGGGAAGUCAAAGAAGAAUUCUGUAGUUUCAGAGAUAUUUACCCAUUGUGAAGGUCAGAGAAGAGCUGUGGCAGGCAAACAAUCUGUAGACAAUGCAUCCUAGGCUCAGAGUACCUUGAGAGCAAUCAUCUCCUUAUCUUCUCCAGGUACCCAGCAGGACAAAGACUUCAUUCCUGAAGCAGGCAACACUUUGAAAGGUUCUGGGAGAGUCAUUUGCAGAGAAAUCUCAGAGGCCAAGGCUUCCCAACUUUCUCCUGGAGGUACUGUGGGGCUACAAAAAUCAGCUCACUUGGGUGAAGUCCUAGGUGGUUUCCAGAGAGGGGUGCCCAUUAAGCUGAGGUUCCCAGCCAGUGAAGGAGUCCUUGGCAGCAGCAUGACCCUGCCAAAGGUUCGGGUUUUCCGUAACCCCCGGGACAGCAUCCAACUUGCCAAGCGGCCCUAUAGCCAGCCCCAGCUGAGAAAUGGACACUUCAACCAUAUGAUGAGCAUUGAAAUUAGCACUCUCCAGACCUCCCAGACCCACAACCUUCCCAUGAAUGAGACAAACAUCGACCAGAAGAAAAGGAAAGAAUCUAUGGACACAAAACAGCCCUCCUCAGAUAAGAAAGAAGUCAAAGGCAGUGAGCCAACCUCUAGAUUAGACAAAGAAGAGCUGGAGAAGCCUCGUGCCAGGGAGGUAGAGAUGGGGAACAAGCCUCCUACGCCCCCGCUACACCAAUUCCCAUCCUGGGAGAGUCGGAUUUAUGCCGUGGCCUCAUCUGGCAUGCAGCUGUCUGAGGUGUCUCCUGGAAAUGAUGCUUCUUCCUGUGUUUCAAGUUCUACAUCCCUCACCUCCCCUGGGUCCUUCUCCAAGCUUGUCUACAAGAACUUCCAUGUGCCUGUCUACACCACAUUGAAGGGGAGAGCGACCCAGAUCAGCACCAUGCCCUUCCUGGAUGAGUCCUCUGGUUCUGAUGAUGACUGCAGCUCUCAGGCCAGUUUCCAAACUUCCAUCACCUGCAUCGAGUCCAGGAAGGCCAGUGUACCAGGAAGCCCACGGGCUAUCAAGAGAGGUGUCUCCACAUCCUCCCUGAGUUCAUAGAGUGACUACGCUAUUCCCCCUGAUGCCUAUUCCUUGGACAGUGACUACUCAGAGCCUGAAUACAAAGUUCAACGGACCUCAAUCUAUUCCAUCGAUGGAUUUGAAUCCUAUGGGGAAUCACUAGAGAAGUCAGGCUACCUACUGAAAAUGGAUAGUCGGGUGAAGACAUGGAAAAGACGUUGGUUUGUUCUAAGACACAGACAAAUCAUGUUCUACAAGUCCCCGAUUGAUGUGAUCCAGAAACCACAAGGUCAAGUAGAACUGAACUCCCACUGCCACAUUGUCCGGGGGGAAGGCGCACAGACAUUUCAGCUCAUCUCUGAGAAGAAAACCUAUUACCUGACCGCAGAUUCUCCCAACUUGGUGGAGGAGUGGGUCCGGGUACUCCAAAGUCUGCUGAAGGUGCAGGCCAUUGGAUCCCCAGCCCUGCCACAGAGUGGGGCUAAGCCCACUGUGAGAGGCUGGCUGACCAAGGUAAAACAUGGUCAUUCCAAGCUGGUCUGGUGUUCUCUGAUCGGAAAAACCUUCUACUACUAUCGAAGCCAUGAAGACAAGUAUCCUUUGGGCUGCUUGCCUGUUCAGGGGGCAUUUAUAGAGGAGGUGGAUCGUUCCUGUGAUUCAGAUGAAGACCACGAAGCCACUGGAGCAAUGAGAAGGCUUCUCUCUUCCCACUGCACCCUGGUGAUCCAGCCCCCAGAACACAGUCCCACCUAUCUUCUCAUUGGUUCCAAGCAUGAGAAGAACACAUGGCUCUACCACCUCACAGUGGUUGCAGGUAGCAACAGUGCCAAGGCAGGCACUUCCUAUAAGCAGCUCAUUGGAAAACUGAUGGAUGAAGAGGGAGACCCAGGUUCCCCUUUGUGGAGACACCCUAUGCUGUGCUAUAGUAAAGAUGGGCUUUGUGCCUCCCUCACCACACUGCCCUCGGAAGCCCUGCAGACUGAGGCCCUCAAGCUCUUUAAGUCCUGCCAACUGUUCAUCAAUGUACCUGUAGAGGCUGCCUCUGUGGACUACCAUGUGUCACUGGCCCAAACAGCUCUGCAGGUGUGCCUGGUUCACCCAGAACUGCAGGGUGAGCUCUACUGCCAGCUCAUCAAGCAGACCAGCUGCCACCCCCCACAGCGACAUUCCCUCUUGCAGUGCUGGCAGCUCUUUGCUCUGUGUGCUCCCCUUUUUCUGCCUCAUCAUCACUUCCUCUGGUACAUCCAACAGCAGCUCCAGCGCCACGCAGAUCCCAGAAGUGAAAUUGGACAAUAUGCUACCUACUGCCAGCGAGCCGUGGAAUGGACCCUGGAGGCUGGGGAACGGGAAGCCAAGCCAUCUUGCAUGGAAGUAGUGUCCAUUUUACUACGCAACCCCUACCACCACUCCCUGCCCUUCAGCAUCCCUGUGCAUUUUGUCAAUGGGACCUACCAGGUGGUAGGUUUUGAUGGUUCCUCCACUGUGGAUGAGUUCCUCCAUCAGCUGAACCAGGAAACAGGAAUGAGAAAGACAUCUCACUCUGGCUUUUCACUCUUCACCGACGAUCCUUCUGACAAGGACUUGGAGCACUACCUACAAGGAAGUGUUAAGAUCUGUGAUGCCAUUUCCAAGUGGGAACAAUCUCUGAGAGAGCUUCAUCCUAGGAAGUCUGAGGGCAGCAACCGGAUCGUGAAACUGAUUUACAAGAACAGGCUCUAUUUCUGGCAUCAGGUCAAAGGAGAAACUGAGCAGGAACGGCUUCUGCUUGCCUUCCAGGUCAGCAAUGAGAUCACUGCAGGGAGAUUCCCAGUCAACAAGGAACUAGCUCUUGAAAUGGCUGCACUGAUGGCCCAGGUGGAAUAUGGGGAUCUGGAGAAGCCUAAACUUCCUGGUCCUGUGGGAAUAGCUCCUGCCAAGGCUCAGCAUCUCCUCCAAUUGGUCCUAGAUAGGUUCUACCCUAGAAGAUAUAGAUAUGGUGCCCCUUCUGAACAGCUGAGACACUUGGCAGACACACUGGCUUCAAAAUGGACAACACUGCAAGGCUGUUCCUCAACUGAGUGCAUCCGAAUCUACUUGACUGUUGCUCGAAAGUGGUCCCUGUUUGGUGCUAAACUCUUUGCUGCUCAGACCACCCAACUUUCUACCACAGGGAACACUCUGGUGUGGAUUGCUGUGAAUGAAGAUGGUAUCAGUAUCCUGGAACACAACACUAUGCAAGUUCAAGCCACUCAUCCCUACUCUUUGGUGAUGACCUUCGGUGGCUACCAGGAUGAUUUUAUGAUUGUGAUCAGACCUGUUCCAGAUAAAAGUUCUGGUAAAGGCAACACUGAGAAGCUGAUCUUCCGGAUGGAACUUCCAAAGAUUACAGAGUUGACAUUCAUGAUGGCCAGCUACAUGAACCACUGCUCCACAGUCUCAACCUCAUCUCCUAAUAUACCUCCUAUCCGACACCUCCAAGAAAUGGAUGGAAAACAGUUCCUUGCUUCUGCCUCACAUAGCACCAAAGGGCCAACGCUUCUAUGAGCAUCUUUCCUCCACCUAUCUCUCCUUACUUUGUGCCUGUGGACUUGGUGACAUCUUGCCGAGUCCUUGCUUCUACUAUGAGCUAACUCCCACCCAUCCCUUGUGCCUGUUUCAAAUUCUCACCAAUUCUGCAGGCAGAUGACAACGCCUAUACAAUCUACUGUCUUCAGUGUGCUGAGUUUCAGGCCCCGACUUUCCUAAAUCUAAACCCAAAUGACAAAGCCAAGUACUCACCCUC